AUGGAUCCAUCAAAGAGCCAUCUGACUGUGUGCUUUCUACCUUCUGUGCCCUUUUUAAUCUUAGUAUCCACUCUAGCAACUGCUAAGAGUGUGACUAACAGCACUUUAAAUGGCACUGACAUGGUCUUGGGCUCUGUGCCCGUAAUCAUUGCCAGAACUGACCAUAUCAUAGUCAAGGAAGGGAACAGUGCCUUGAUUAAUUGUAGUGUUUAUGGCAUCCCUGACCCACAAUUCAAGUGGUAUAAUUCCGUUGGCAAGCUGCUGAAAGAAGAUGAAGAUGAGAAGGAAAGAGGAGGAGGAAAAUGGCAGAUGCACAGCAGCGGCCUCCUGAACAUCACCAAGGUGUCCUUCUCGGACCGAGGUAAAUACACGUGUGUUGCUUCUAACGUCUAUGGCACCGUGAACAACACAGUGACCCUGAGAGUCAUCUUUACCUCUGGGGACAUGGGCGUCUACUACAUGGUUGUCUGCCUUGUGGCCUUCACCAUCGUCAUGGUCCUCAAUAUCACCCGCCUGUGCAUGAUGAGCAGCCACCUGAAGAAGACCGAGAAGGCAAUCAAUGAGUUCUUUAGGACAGAAGGCGCAGAGAAGCUGCAAAAGGCAUUCGAGAUCGCCAAACGGAUCCCCAUUAUCACCUCAGCCAAAACUCUAGAGCUUGCCAAAGUCACCCAGUUCAAAACCAUGGAAUUCGCCCGCUACAUUGAAGAGCUUGCCAGGAGUGUGCCUCUGCCUCCUCUCAUUAUGAACUGCAGGACGAUCAUGGAGGAGAUCAUGGAAGUGGUGGGGCUGGAGGAGCAGGGGCAGAACUUUGUGAGGCAUACUCCAGAAGGCCAGGAGGCCACGGACGGGGACGAGGUGUACACAAUCCCAAGCACUCUGAAGCGAAGUGACUCUCCCACCGCCGACUCAGAUGCCUCAUCGCUACAUGAACAGCCUCAGCAGAUUGCCAUCAAGGUGUCUGUUCACCCACAGUCCAAAAAAGAUCACGUGGAUGACCAUGAAUGUAUACAGUUUGACGUCAAAGAUGAAGAGGAGACAGAACCGUCGGCUGAACAUUCCCCAGAAACUGCAGAGCCUUCUACUGAUAUAACAUCCACGGAGCUCACGUCGGAAGAGCCGACACCGGUUGAGGGAUCAGAGAGAGGGCUGCCGCCAGCUCACCUGGAAACUACAGAGCCCGCAGUGACACACGACAAAAACACCUGCAUUAUUUAUGAAAGCCAUGUCUAA